AUGAUUCCUAUACUUACUGAUGGUGGAUUUUCUGGUUGUGGAACAAGUGAAUCAAAUGGAUAUGUAGAAUGCAUUGAUUAUCAGGGUGAAUCCCCUGAUGAACAAGCUCUAGUUUCUGCGGCCUCUGCAUAUGGAUACACUCUUUUUGAGCGGACAUCUGGACAUAUUGUUAUUGACAUCAACGGUGAGAAACUCAGGUUGGAUGUGUUGGGCCUGCACGAAUUUGACAGUGUGCGAAAGAGAAUGUCUGUUGUUAUUCGGUUUCCUGACAAUGUGGUAAAGGUGUUUGUCAAAGGCGCUGAUACAUCAAUGUUUAGCGUUUUGGAAAAUGUUUGCGCACCCUUGUGGUUGCCUCUAGAAGUCUAUCUGAUGCUGAACUUGAGGAGUGGCAAAGCAGACAAGCUGCAAGAGGGUGUACCAGAAGCCAUUGAGUCCCUACGGCAAGCUGGAAUCAAGGUCUGGGUUCUUACCGAUGAUAAACAAGAGACGGCAAUUUCAAUUGGUCUUUCCUGCAAACUUCUCAGUGCAGAUAUGCAACAAAUUGUUAUAAACGGCACUUCAGAGGAGGAAUGCAGAAAUCUUUUGGGUGAUGCAAUAGCCAAAUAUGCUGUGAGAUGUUCAAGUAGAGGGCACCAGAAUCUGAAGCAUAAAACCAAUGCUGAACAUGGCGCACUUGAUAUUCCUAAUUGUUCAAAGUCAAUGAGUUUGCCCAAAUGGAAUCUAGGAAAGGAAGAAGGAGCUGAUACUCCAUUGGCACUUGUAAUUGAUGGGAAUAGUUUGGUUUAUAUUUUGGAGAAGGAACGGGAGUCAGAGCUCUUUGACCUUGCAAUUUCCUGUAAGGUUGUACUUUGUUGCCGUGUUGCACCCUUGCAGAAGGCUGGAAUUGUUGAUCUGAUAAAGAGCCGCACAGAUGAUAUGACACUGGCCAUAGGUGACGGGGCCAAUGAUGUGUCAAUGAUCCAAAUGGCAGAUGUUGGUGUUGGAAUAUAUGGGCAGGAAGGACGUCAAGCAGUGAUGGCAUCAGAUUUUGUUAUGGGGCAAUUUCAGUUCUUGAAAAGAUUACUUCUUGUUCAUGGACACUGGAAUUACCAGCGUGUCGGUUAUUUAUUUUUGUACAACUUCUACCGCAAUGUUGUCUUUGUGUUGAUGUUAUUUUGUAUGGCAGCACCUCAACUUAUUGCAGAAGAUUGGGUAGCUUGCGACAGAUGCCAGAAAUGGAGGCUUCUACCUACUGGCUUAAAGCCAGAGCAACUUCCAGAGAAAUGGUUGUGUGUCAUGCUUAAUUGGCUGCCUGGGAUGAAUUCUUGUGACUUCAGUGAGGAUGAGACAACAAAGGCAUUGUAUGCUUCAUAUCAAGUGUCGAUUUCUGAGGGUCAAAAUAACUUGCAAACGCAUGCCUCUGAAACUGCAUUUGGAGUGAGCUCUGCUGAUGCAUCACAGUUUGGUCUGAAUCACAAAAAGUCCAAUUCUAACGUGUUACUUUACCAAGGAAAGAAGAAACCUGUUUUUAAGGAAAAGAUAAUGUCAGGAAAGCUCAAUGCUCAAGUAUCAGGAAAAAAUAGAAACUUGAAUCAACAUUCUACAGAUUCUAAACCAAUGAAGAUGAAACAUCCCAGCAGGUCUAACAACACGAUAGAAGAGAGACAUGUGUCCGAAGAGAGAGAAAAGCAAACAAGUGAAGGUACCAGAAAGUAUAUUAAGUUGAAACGUAAGACAGAUGCUGAUCAAACUAGUUCUGGAACUCCUAAGAAAUCAAAAACUGAACAUGUUCCCUAUGUUGAUAAACAACUGAAUCCUGGCACAGGCCUUGGGAAGGUGGUUCCAAAACAAGAGGCUGUAAUACAAUUUGUUAUUGACGCAAUUCAAGCGGAAGCUUUUAAUCCCAAUACUCUUUUUCUGAUUGGCAGCUAUACAAUUGGAAAAGAAAGGCUAUUCUUGGAGGUUGCUCGUUCGCUUCGCAAAAAGGUUUACGUAACUACAGCAAAAUUACGCCUUUUAAACUGUUUAGAAUUUACUGAGGAGGAUAUGCAGUGGUUUACUUCAAAUGAGCAUGAAAGCAAUAUUCAUGUUGCCCCUAUGUGGACACUCGCAAGCUUCAAAAGAUUGAAGCACAUAUCAAGUCAAUAUGCGAGUCGGUUCAGUCUUAUAGUUGCUUUCUCUCCUACUGGUUGGACAUUUGGCAAAGGUAAAAAGAAGUCUCCUGGAAGAAGGUGGCAGCAGGGUACUGUUAUAAGGUAUGAAGUUCCUUACAGUGAGCAUUCCAGCUUUACAGAACUCAAAGAGUUUGUAAAUUUUGUGUCUCCCAAUAACAUUACACCAAGUGUGAAUAAUGAUGGACCAGAAUCUGCGGAAGCAAUGGUUUCUCUCAUGUCAACUUGA